AUGGCUCCAUAUCUCCUUUCAAGAUCCGACCCCAACGAUGCUCCAGGCGUCAUUCCUAUCAGCAGAACCAUUUAUAUAGUCGGAUUCACCCUCGCUGGCUUACUUGCUGCUACUUCUCUAUUGUGGCUUGCAUUGAGGUUCUUCCGCCGCAAAUUGCAGGCAAGGCGUGCAGAAGAACGGAAUGCAGCUUUCCUCAAUGUACAAGGUGUUGUUCGAGAAAUGAACGAGCCUGUCAGUCUCCUAACUUUGUCAAACAGCAGUCAUUCGACGACUGUUGUUUUCCCACAAAAGGCCGUUGUCCCUGCUCAAAUAGCAAGACCUUCAAGACACGACCAUGUUUCUUCCUCUGAAGUUCCUGCAGCAUGUGCUGCUCCCUUGCCACGUCCCCGCGCACUCUCUAGUCUCAAUCCCUCGCAUCCGCGCCAAAGUCGUACUUCGUCAGUUUCUUUGGGUAAUUUUCGUUCAUCCACUCGACUUCCUUCUGGCUUGCGUUCCUCACAUUCACAAGAAUCUUCACGAUCAUCGGCUUCCCAUCAAGCCCGAUCCGUUCGGCAAUUCUUCCAACCAGUGCUUCCUGAUGAACUCCCUCUUUCGCGUUCAGGAGAGCAACUCCACAUUCUGCAGUCGUUUGAUGACGGCUGGUGCCUCGUUGUGCAAAACAACUCUCUUCGCUCUCACAAUGUACAGCUUGGUUUUGUCCCGGCAUGGGUCUUCGUCAAGCCGACGAAGGGACUGAGCGUAGAAAGACCUAUUCGCAGCUCCAGUGCAGGGAUGCUCCAGGCUGGCUUGGAUGCUCCCGAAUCGAGAGAGACUGUGAUUUCUUGGUCCAACUUUGCUUGAAUCAAAGUUGAAAGCCCCGAUGCGUGCAUACAUCGAAGUCUAGUUUUCCCUUGUUCACCCAUAUUUGGCAGCCGCGCCGGCCGUUUGACACCAUGUCGCAUGAAACCUGCGGUGCAAGUAUGCUUCACUUAUAGUUCAUUCUUCACGAUACAACUGCAUUGUAUACCCUCAUUA